CCUUAAAUAGUAAACAAAGGGAAAUUUCAUAAUCAGGGUGGUGUGUCAUAAAGACUAUAAAAGAGCUCCUUCCCGGCUCUCCAUCCACUGUCACCUGUUCUGGUCCCACUCUUCCAGCAGUUGCACUGACUGGCAAGCAGGUCACAAAAAUGAGCACUAAGAAGUCUCCUGAAGAAAUGAAGAGCAUUUUUCAAAAAUACGCAGCCAAAGAAGGCGAUCCAAACCAGCUAUCAAAGGACGAGCUGAAGCUGCUGAUUCAGUCGGAAUUCCCCAGUCUCCUGAAGGGUCCCAGUACGCUAGACAAUCUCUUCAAAGAGCUGGAUCAGAAUGGCGACGGAGAAGUUAGUUUCGAAGAAUUCCUAACAGUGUUCAAGAAGAUAGCACAAUGAAGGAGCCGCGA